AUGAGACAAGCUAUUUUUUCUUCCACCGAAGACGCUUCCACAUACCUUGCCAACUAUGUCAUUGACAAGAUCAACGACUUCAACCCUACACCUUCAAAGCCAUUUGUACUUGGCCUCCCCACGGGGUCUUCUCCAGAGGGCGUUUACGCUCGUCUUGUUCAGGCUUACAAAAACGGCAAGGUUUCUUUCAAAAAUGUCGUGACUUUCAAUAUGGACGAGUACCUUGGCCUCGAGCCAACUCACCCCCAGCUGUACCAUUACUUCAUGUACGACAAGUUGUUUAACCACGUGGACAUCCCAAGAGAAAACAUCAACAUCUUGAAUGGGCUUGCUGCCGAUGUUGAGAAGGAGUGUGCUGAUUACGAGGCAAAGAUCAAGAAGUACGGCCGCAUUAACUUAUUUUUGGGAGGAUUGGGCCCUGAGGGCCACUUGGCAUUCAACGAGGCUGGUUCAUCCAGAGACUCCAGGACGCGGAAGGUCAGUCUUGUGGAAUCUACCAAGAAGGCCAACUCGAGAUUCUUUGAGAACGAUCCUUCAAAGGUCCCAUCGUAUGCUUUGUCUGUUGGCAUCUCUACCGUGUUGAACAACUCAGACGAAAUCGCCAUCAUCGUCAUGGGGGCCAACAAGAAGUUUGCUUUGGACAAGACCUUGCACGGAAAGCCUAAUGAUCCACAAUUCCCUUCAACAUAUUUGAGGGAUCACAGCAACGUGUUGAUAGUGUGCGACCAUGCUGCUGCUGGUUUGGGCUCCAAGUUGUAA